AGAGAAUUGAGAGUUGAGGUUAUGUCACCUGAGUGUUUGAUACACAAAACGGAGGCCUCACAAUAUAUAUCAAACCAAGCAAUUAAGUGUUACAUUUGAUGUUUGUGGAAACGGCAACCAUGAAAAAUGUUUGAAUCAAAACGAUAUGGGGCGUACGGAUCGUAAUCGUAAGCGUAAAAAAGCCAACGACCUUGAAAUACAGUCAACAAAUGGCCGAUUAGAAAGCAUGAAUUCCGAAGAUAUUUACAUAAAUUUGGCGCGAUCGCUGUAUCAAAAUGGUUGGCUGAACGAGACGAAUCUCAAAGUGGGUGAUUUUCCACAAACUGGGCGCGGCAUCUAUUCCAUAAAAAAUUUCCGUAAAGACGAUCUACUCAUUUCGCUUCCAAUUGAAUCAUUGAUUAGCAUCGUUACGAUUGCGGAUGACAUGAAAUUUCGUUAUCUAUUGAAUCGCAUCUUUGGCGAACAAGAGAAACAGUGCACAUCACAAAGUUUACUUGCAUUAUAUCUGUUAUAUUUAAAGCAUACCAUACAACGUACGGAAUACAUUUCAACGCUUCCAACAUCAUUUUCGGUGCCAUAUUUUUGCGAUGCGGUCGAAAUUCAAGCAAUGCUUCCAGCAAUUCGAGACAAAGUAUACGAUCAACGUGAAAUUAUCGAUGUGGACUUUAAUUGCUUUCAAAAUUCAUUCAAAGAUACACGUUGUACAUGUUGCAAUCAGAUUUAUUUCUGUGAUAUUUUCAAUAAGACCGACUUUGAAUGGUCAUUUUUUGCGGUCAAUUCACGUUCGGUGUAUUUUAAUUUGGAAAAAAUAGCCGUCAAACAUUUGGAUUCGGUGCGACGUGUACAAAAAUUGCUCAAAGAUGAGCCCACUUUGGCGUUAGCACCAUUUUUGGAUUUAUUGAAUCAUAGUUGCACGGCUGGCACCGGUUUAUAUGUUAAAAAUACAAACAACGGACCACUUUAUCAACUGUAUACGACUGUUCCGUUCACAAAAUAUGAACAAGUUUUUAUUAGCUAUGGCGCAUUGGAUAACAUUAAAUUACUUACGGAGUAUGGGUUUUUUGUUCCAAAUAAUAAACAUGAUUUUGUGGAAAUUCAUCGCAAAGACAUUGAAUGUUACCUUAAAACGAUUCCGUAUCGCAUCAAAAUGCUCAUUUCGAAUGAAAAUCUUGACCAAAAUCUAUUCAUUACCCGCACCAAUGGAUUCAGCCAUAACAUACGGAUUUUAAUUUACAUUUUAUGUAAUUCAGCGCAUGCAACAACAGUGGCCGAUGAAAAUUACUUCAAAAAAAUCAUCUACGGCGACAUCAAUGGAAAAAACUUUUUAUCGAACGAUACGAAAGCAAUGUCAUCAAAAAUUGUUGCGGUUAAAGUCAAGGAGUUACGUGAUCAAUGCGGUUACUUCACAGAACUUCAAAAUAACAACACCAUCACCGAACGAGCAACUAUCUAUUUGAAUUACUUGAACGAAGCAAUCAAAUGGCUCGAAUGUGUUGAGCUAGUUUGAUAAGGCUAAGAAAAGCCAUAAUACUGUUUGUAGCAUUUUGAUUUGCGAUACAAGAAAUCAUUUGAUAUUUAAGCCACGAAGAAAUGAAAAGCAACAAAUUUUUUUACAAAUACAAGCAAAUACGAAUGCUCGCAAAUAAGCCGAUUGUUUUCUUUGUAUGUUAUGUUUAUAAAUUUAAAUUGCAUAGAAUUUUAUUUUCCAUUUUAUUUACAAAUAAAAUAACUUAUUUCCAACCGAU